UUUUUAUUUCAUGUCUCCUUAAUAAUCUUAUGAAUGUAUUAUUUUAAUUAGACGUCAAGUUUAGACAAAAAGAAAAAGCACUUACCAUGAAAAAUGUAAAAAUCUUAUAAUAAGAAGAUGAUUAGUGUAUACAAGACUAGGCUUCCAUCUAGUAAACCUUUGAUGUAUAUUCUGUAAAAGUAAUUGUAAUAAUCAAUAUAGGAUUUUAAUUAUGAAUUACGAAAGUAUACAUUAUCCUUUGACUUUCAUUCACUUUAAUUUGUUUUAUUUGGGAAAUAGGUGCUAUUUAUCUUUUAAGAUGGCUAGGAAAGGUCGUUACACAAAAAAACAAAAAUUAGGACUAGGAUGUCAGCAACCUCAAACAGCUCCGCCUCCGGCUUCGGCUUCCCACCGCGAUGACUCUCAAAUUCUCCUAGACAGUGGUGAUAGUGUCCCUCCAACUUCACGCCCUUUCCUUCCGCCGCGCAGUGUACCAAGGCCUGCUCUACAAAUGAGCACAAAUAACAUUCAGGACUCGGAGCCAGGCCACGUAAACUUGGCAGCUGAUGCACAUGAUGUAGAUUCUCUUGAUCAAGAAGCUGAUGACCACCUUUGUUAAUCCUAGAUCUCAGAGUCGCAAAGGACGCAAGACUACAGAGUUUUGGGAAGUUAAGAUCAUCGAUUCCGAUGGCACAAUCAAGCCGGCAAGAAUAAGCGUGAGGGAGGCUAUGGAACGGCCUAAUGGGAGAAAGGUCGUGCUCAGGUUCAACAGCACAAAGCAAGCAAUUGGAGACGAAGCUGGACUGUUGAGUGGCGUGCUUGGUUUGUUAGGAUCUGACUAUGAAAAAUUUCCUAUCUGUAAGGAAAGUUGGCAUAAGAUUACCACUAAAGACAAGGUUUAUAACGAAUGUGUCAAGCAAAUUUUCUACUUUGAUGAAGAUAGUGAAGGAACUAUCAAGAAAAAUAUUUUAAAAAGUAUAGGGAAGUCUUGGAAGGAAGCAAGGCUGAGGUUGUAUCGUGAUUUUUAUGAGCCAACAUUCACGAUGGAACAAAAUAUUGAGCAGCAUCCGCCGGGAAUUGAUCGAGAUCAUUGGAGAUGGUUCCUUGAGUAUCGCGCCAAAGUUGAGAAGAAAGAAAAACGCGAUUAAUCGAUCAAAACAACUAUAUAACCACACUGGCGGAUCGAAAAGCUUUGCACGGCGGAUGGAAGAAAAGUCGGAACAACAAGGGAGAAGAGUUUGUAGAGGAGAGUUAUGGAUCACAGUGGACAAAAAAAAAAGGAUGGCUCUUAUAUCAAUGAGGAAGCAAGAGCAAUUGGUGAAAGAAUUGAAGAGAUUGAGCAAGAGGCUGCGUCUGCUAGAGUGUUGUCUCAAAAUGAUUCCAUUGCUAAGGUUUUUGGAAAAGAGAAACCGGGAAGAGUGCGUGGUGUGGGUUUCGAACCGACUCCUAGUCAAUUUUUUGGUCCGAACUCACAUGCGCUGGGCAACUGAGUCCAGCUAGAGGAGACCCAGAGGAAGCUGCUUGAACUGCAGGCAUAGCUGGAAGGCGAGAAGUUGAAGAGGAAGGCGAUGGAGGAUCAGGCAGCAGUAGAUAAGAAAAAGAUGCAGGCGAUGGAGAGUGCUCUGAUUUAUCUAUUUCAACGGCAAGGUGAGGAGCUGCCACCAGACAUCGCUGUAGGGAUGAGUUCUGUGGAAUGAUA